ACUUCCUACUUCCGGUAAUUUCGAAGAAGGUGAAGAAAGUUUGCCAAAGACAAGCGUUUCCUGAAUGUUUUUACCGCAGCCAUGAGCUGCUUCGUUUAUCUUGCAGUUUUCACUUUGGUCCUGUGUGGAAAUGUGUUUGCGCAGGAUCCCGAGAUUGUGGAUGAGAUUUGGCCUGAGGUCCAGCCCCUGGGACGUACAGGUCGUCUCAACUGCACCGUAGCCAAGCUGGGCAAUAAUAUGGUGGAGUGGUACCAUGAAGAUUCAGCGCAGACCAUCUCCAUUGCUGAGACAAUUGACGUGCAGCUGAAUCCGAUGAUGGGCGGUUUGAAAAAAUACGAGGUGCGUGUACGUCGUAAGGACGACCGGCAGACCCACAUGCUGAUCGUUCGACGCUUACGACAGCAAGAUGCCGGUACCUACAUCUGCAAAAUUCGAGUGGUAGGGAAACCGGAAAACCGCUGGACGAAAAAGAAAGGGCAGCUGACAGUUCAAGUGGCUCCAACCAUCCGUGACGGACCAACCACGGCGGUACUUGAGGUAUCAAAUGGAGCUAAUUCCAGUCUCCGCUGCCAGGCAACAGGCAUUCCUUAUCCCAACAUCACGUGGACACGAUCAGAUGGUGGCCUCCUGCCCCUCGUAAACCCCGUCGCUCAAUACAGGAGCCCAGAGUUGCCACUGGUCAACGUAAAUGUUCAUCACAUGGGCGUGUAUCGCUGUGUCGCGGACAACAAUAUCAAGCCACCAGCAGAGCACUUGGCCGAGUUGCGCGUGUUCCACGCUCCGAUAACACGUGUGGUGCAGAACUCUGUAGGCCAAGCACAGAACAGACGGUUCAGUGCCAAGUUGGAAUGUAUUGUGCAAGGUCACCCCGAACCAACACUCACUUUCAAGAGACGAGCUGGCAUAGAAAUCCUAGCUAUAUCCGAUGACGACAAGUUUGAGGUCAACAAACAGACGACGGAUAACCAGAACCUCAAGGCCAUGGAGCAGUGGUACACGCUCAAGGUGAAGAACGUGCAGGCAAAUGACUACACAGACUACUACUGUGUGGCAAACAAUGUUUUUGGCUCUGCCAACUCCACCAUCAAACUUUUUGAAACCACCGAGUGCCAAGGCUCCAACUGUCCCUCACUCCCGCCAUCACGAGCAUGUUCCACAGCAGCAUCUGUGUUUGUCACCGUUUUUGUCGGAAUUCUGUCGUAUUUGUACUGUUCAUAGUAAUAAAAUAGUAAUGUCCAGACUUACGAGAAAUUUGACUUGGCUCAAACCCCUUCAAUGCCAUGUUAACAUUCCUGGUACAUCACGGAAGUGCACACCUUGGCAUACUGCGAAAAACAAAACUUGUAUCAAAAAAGUUAAAAGCAGCUAUUUCUAAUGAUUUACUUCUGAUUUUAUACGUACCGAAUUUGCCUCAAAGUUGUUUUUGGUGAUUGUCUUUGAUCAUCGAGUCUGCAUAAAGAUGGUCUGAUUGUUAUAACCUAAUCUAAAAUGUUAAGCGGACUUUACAUUUGAUUCGUGAAUAGACCAGUAGCACAUCAGCAGGAGGUGCAGCGACGCCUCUGAAACUAGGAUAGCCAGAAUAAGCCAUCUCUGUUAAGAAUUAUUGUAGGAACAUGAAGAUGUGCCUUAUCUCAAUGACCCUGGGUGGAUGACAGGAGCGUCCAGUAAAACUGGUCCAGUCCUAGGGUGGAUGGUUUCCGCAUCCGAUCAGAUUGCAGUUGCAUGAAGUAUAACUUGGAAUGCGAUCGCUUUCGGAUCCUGAGUAGGUAUUUUAACCCAGAAAUUCUAGAUAAAUGUAUAAACUAUUUCCUCUUUCACUUUGACUGAGUUUUGGCCAUAUUAUAUACAUUUUUCGAGUAUUAUAUCUUGUUAUGUAUUUCACAAAGUCUUUAAAAAAUGUCCUUCAAAACGUGGAAAAUAAUUCCAGGGGUAAAGAGUUUAGAGUGAAACGAAAUUCACAGUAAGAUUUUGGAUAUAAUUUUAAAAUUUCUAUGUCUUGUUACAUUCUGAAGCUGCUUUCAUUUGUACAGUCCAUGAUUUCAUUCCCCAUUUGUAUAUAUAGAAGCAUAAAAUAAGCACAAUGAGUGUUCUCGGUUGAGUUAUGGCUUGAAUGAACGUCAAGUUUUUUUUCCUAAUCUCAAUACUCCAGAAGCAGUAGCGCAAAGCACGGAAAAACGGGAUCAAGUGGAACAAUAUCUAGAGGCGAGCCCGACAUAGGGGAAAGAGUUGUGCCUUGUUUGUUGCCUAUACCCUAGUGCAGAGUCAGAAAGGCAGGGAUGAUGUUUAUGAAAAGCACAGUGCAACUUAUGUAGUUUCCAAAAGCGAUGUAUGACCGAUCUGCUAUUGUUUUUCUUACUGGUCAUAACCUACAGAGCUGUAUUUUCUCAGUGAGUGAGCGGAGACUUGUCAAGUUAUUUUUAAUGGUCUGUUUGUUUUUGUUUUACUUUUAAUUGGAUGAAUUUGUAAAAGAUAUAUUUUGUUGUCUUCGAUUACAUUUGAAAAACUACAAAAAAAAGCAAAAUGUAGUCUGUAGUCAUACAUUUAUUCAGUUUGAAGUUCUGCAGGACUUUACAACUUUUAUGAUAAGCCAGUUGAAUUUGAAGGUGGGGUUGGUAGCAUAGUGGAUAGCUCGCGGGUUGGAGCCUUAGCUCAAUCCAGCAUUGCAUCCUUGGGAAAGGGCACUUUACACCAAUUUUGUUUUAUUUGGUCCUAUUGAAGGUUGAUGGUACACUCUGAGUUCUCGCCUCUUAAAUAACCUGAUAGUGUUGAUAGGGCAUAUUUUGUAGAUGAUGUUGUUGGACCAUAUUUUUAGAAAAUGAAACAAAAAUUCCAUAUCUCUCUGUUGUGUUACAUCUGAAUGACCUAUGCUGGGGUACUCCAUUAGCUGUGUUGUUAGUGUCAGACUGGACUUAUUAUGUGGUUGUGCGGGUUCGAAUCCCGCAAAGGAUCACUCUGCUGUAAGACUCGACUUCUUUGAGGGCGUUUCCACUCGUAUGACUACAGAUGAGAUUUUUUUCAUCCGGGGUCCUGUUUCUGAAGUCAUCAUACUGAGUUAAGACUUGGGUCAUACCAUGAAUCCUCUUACAUGUAGUCUUUUUACUUAGAGUAAAGGGAAAUUUACUGAACAAAAACUUUUUUUCUUUAGUGUUGCCUGUGAAAAGUACCGUGCCGGUGUCUUACAUUCCUUUUUAUACGAAAAAAAAGACUGUUUUCUGAUGCUGAUUCACAACCCGAAACUAUGCUCUUUAUAAUUAAUACGGCCGCUCAUUUCAUUCCCCUGCAGUUGUGCUGCAUUACUGUAAAUAUGCUCCUUGUCAUGCACCAGAAUUUUUGCUGCUGAGGCCAUACAUAAAGUUCUUCACAUUCAGUUGAUUUCCAUUCCAUCGAUUGAUAUGUAGAUUUCUGUUGCUGCUCAUGUAGUGAUAGAGGAGGAGGAAAAAACCAUAUUAUAAUCUUAGCCGCAGAUCUGAUGUCGUAUUUGUACUCAAGGAAACAUGUGAUCUGGAUAGUUUCUUUGUCUCGCUAAAAUGUGAACAAAUGCUUUGUGUUUAGUUAAUCUACCUUUAAAAAAAAAUCUGCAGGGAUUUUUCUUCUAUUUUUUUUCUCCACAAGCUAUAAUGAAUCUCUCUCUCUUAUAUAUUCAAUAGAGUUUGGUCAAAUUGAACACGUGGAAACAGUAUGAAAAUUUAAUUCCCUAAUUUUGUUCUUCUGUUUAAGCUUUCUUGCUAAAUCGAAGAAUUCAUGGCAGCCCCUCAGAUUUCAGUUUGAACAGACUCAAGUGUAUAUAUAUAUAUAUAUACCUUCUGGAAUACUCCUUUUAUUAUUUCUCUCUCAGUCCCUCCUUUUAUUAUAAAACUGCCUUACUGCAGUCGCGCUCUUUUACACUCUCUCUCUCUCUCUCUCUCUCUCUCUCUCUCUCUCUCUCUCUCUCUCUCUCUCUCUCUCUCUCUCUCUCUUUUUUUUUAUUGAUGAUACUCCCUUACUUCAAUGAAUACUCCCAUUCUAUUUACAGAUCUAUGUAUGCCAUGGACAGCCAUAAAAAAAAAAUCAGGAUUCUUUCACUUAAAAAUGUUUAUUGUGUGUAAAUAUUCUGCACUCAUCCUCCUAGCAAACAAACAACUCUCCACCUUCUUAAUAAAGGACAUGUAUUUUAUACAGUUCUGUACACAUUCAUCUGAUCUUUAAUGCCAUUAAACAUGUUGAUUUUUUUAUGGACGAACGGUACCAAUGAUCAUGUUGUGUGAACGGACGUAUGUCGUGUGAAAUGAGAGAGACUGUCGAGCAUCAGAUUUAGAGAAAGGAGAACCCAUUGUUGCUUUGACAUUGUUUUUUUAAACCUGUGCAUUCCCAUUAUGUCCAUUCCCUCCUUUUUGUAUUUUAUGUUAGAAAUCAUAGGAAAUGAGAAAAAUAUUUCUAAGAUGGUUAGAAAUAAGAUGAUAAGAAGACUGGAGUUCUUAAUUCUAUUCCAUAGCCUCUUGAAUGGACUAACAGUGUUGUUAAAUCCGUAAAACCUAUACCAUUUCAACAUUUUUUACUCAAUUCUACUUUUUUUUUUUAAUUUGUCAUUUCAUUCUAGAAUUUUCAGCUGGAGACAUAGAUGAUCUUUUACUAAAUUUAGAGGUUUGCGGAUCUUGCAUCUUAUUAUAAUGUAAUCUAAAUCUGAAAUUGUCUUUUUUUAAAAAGUGUCAAGUUUCUGAAUGGUCAUAUUGUUUUUUAUACCAUGAGUUUUUAAUUCUCUCAACCUGAUAGUUUAAGAUUUUGAUGAUUCUGGUUUUAGUUGAUGAACAUGUAGGCCCUAUUUGCUUUAUCAUAAUAAUGGACCAUGAUUUUCAUAAAAAUAAAACGUUGUAUUUUUAAA